AUGGUGGAGCUGCGAAAUGAGGAUCCAUGUUCCUUCCAAAACUUCAUGAGGAUGUCCCCAGCCAUGUUUGAUGAAUUGCUAAACAGGCCAACUCCAAGACUCACCAGGCCAAGCACCAACUACAGAGCAAACUUGGAGCCUGGACUCAAGUUGGCUGUUACCCUGCAGCACUUGGCCUCUGGAACCAAAUACAGGGACAUGGUGUACGGCUGGAGGGUGCCACACAACACCAUCAGCAAAGUUGUGAGAGAAGUCUGUCAGGUUAUAUUGGAGGAGUACCUGGAUGAGCAGUUCACAUGCCCUAACACUGAAGAAGGAUGGCGCCGACUCUCCAAUGAAUGGAUACAGAGAUGGAACUUUCCCCACACCAUUGGGGCCAUCGAUGGCAAGCAUGUUGCAUGCAAAGCUCCCCCCAAGACAGGCUCUGAAUACUACAACUAUAAGGGCUUCUUCAGCAUCAUACUGUUGGCCAUGGUCAGUUCAGACUAUAAGUUCCUGUGA